GCCAUUUCAAGAACAGCAUUUGGAAGUAGCUAUAAGGAAGGACAAAUGAUCUUCCAACUUCUUAAACAACUUAUUGAUUUGGUGGUUAAAGUUGCAUUCGGAGUUUAUAUUCCUGGAUGGAGGUUUCUACAACCAAUUCCAACAAUAAAUUGAAAGAAAUAAAUGAAGAAAUAAAAAAAAAGGUUUUGGGUAUUAUAAACAAAAGGCAAAAGGCUAUGAAGGAAGGUGAAGCUGUACAAAAUGACUUAUUGGGCAUUCUCCUUGACUCCAAUGCUAAAGAAAUUGAAGCUCAAGGAAACAACAAACACUUUGGAAUGAGUAUUGAAGAUGUGAUUAAAGAGUGUAAGAUUUUCUACAUUGGUGGCCAAGAAACCACAGAGCUAUUAACUUGGUCCAUGAUUUUGUUGAGCGUCUGUACCGAGUGGCAAGAACGAGCUAGAGCUGAGGUUCGAGAAGUAUUUGGUAACAACACUCCAAAUUCGAAUGGUUUAAGUCGUCUAAAAGUGGUAAAUAUGAUUCUACACGAAGUUUUAAGGCUAUAUCCACCCGCAAGUAUGCUUCCUCGUAUAGUUAAAAAGGAAACAAAAGUUGGAAAAUUGAAUCUACCAGCUGGAGUAAUGUUAGUUGCACCCGUGGUUCUUAUCCACCGUGAUUGUGAGAUAUGGGGUGAGGAUGCGAAUGAGUUUAAACCAAAAAGAUUCAGCAAUGGAGUUUCUAACGCAUCAAAACAACAGCCUGCUUUCCUCCCCUUUGGAUGGGGUCCUCGGAUAUGCUUGGGGCAGAACUUUGCGAUUAUUGAGGCCAAAGUUGCGAUGUCCUUGAUUCUACAGCGUUUUUCAUUUGAACUCUCUCCAAUGUCUGUUGAGCCUCAACAUGGAGCUCAUAUCAUUCUACGUAGACUUAAUAAGGUUUGAUUAUGUAUUUUCUUGCCUCUAUGGUUGCAUGUCGGAUGUCUCGAUCAUGCUUGUCCAAGAAUUGUUGUCCAUGUCUGCAUCUCUAUUCCAAACCCCUUCUACCUGUUUUCAUGUUAGAUAGGUCUUUACUAUUCUUGUUGUGUCAAUAUGGACAUGUGUACUCCGUCACCAAAAUCAAGUAUGCGGCUAAAAUUCUCCAAAAUA